AUGUCGCGGAGUGAAGUUGUCGGCAUCGGGCCGUUGAAACCAGAGAGCGUUAGCUCUACUGGCCUAACUGUCUUAUUCGAGCCCGUGGCGCCGAAGCUAGACGUCGUGUUUGUGCAUGGAUUUACGGGCCAUCCCGAGAAGACUUGGUCCACCUCCGGUAGCGUGCCGGCCACCGCACUGGCAUCGAGCUCUGUUGAAGGAGAACGCCCCUCCAAGUUUCGCAAAGUUUUCACUUCCGCGUCAGAUUCUGGUAUCGCCAAGGGUGGCACCGCCAAAGGCACAGUCUACUGGCCUCGAGACCUUCUUCCUGGGGUCUUACCUCAAGCUCGGGCGUUGACGUACGGCUACGACACCCAUAUUCGCCAUGUCGUCGGUAGUCCCGUUAGCACGAGCACACUUUAUGCCCACGCCGGAGACUUUCUCGCUGCAUUGGAAUCGAAUCGUCGCAAAGACCCCUCAAGGCCGCUUGUGUUCGUCGCACACAGUCUUGGCGGGCUGAUUGUAAAGGAGGCCUUGCGCCAGUCUCGGGGAUACAAGAGCCAACCUCACCUUCGUUCGGUGUUCGACUCAACGAGCGGACUCGUCUUCUUUGGCACGCCGCAUGAAGGAGCCGAUCCACUGGGCCUAGUCCAUCAUGUGGUUGCGCUGCUGACCAAAGGCGUCGGCUUCAGAGUCAACGAUAAGAUUGUUGAGGCUCUGAGCCCCUCUGCUGAAUAUCAACUCCAGCUCAGAGACGAGUUUAACCGCAUGAUAGACGAAAGGGGAUGGAUUAUUCAUUCCUUUCAGGAGCAAUACGCACUCCCUGGAUUGUUUGGGAAAAAGGUACAGUAUCUCCCCCCUCCCCCUCCCCUCUCCCCCAACCGAAGCGCCGAAGUCGUCGAGCAUAUAGGCAGCAACCACCGCAAUAUGUGCCGCUUCUCAGGCCCAGCCGACAAGGAGUUCAAAAAGGUAGCUUCUGCUCUUCAGCGCAUCGCCGCCGCCUCGUCGGGUGGGAAUUCCCGUGGGAACCGCAUAACGCGGCAAACCCGUAGGACCACCCUUGUUGCGAGCUCAACUGCAGAGGAAGCCGCAUCAGAAGCCGCAUCAGAAGAACACCUCGAGAAAUUGGUGGCAUCUUUAAAAUUCUCGCAAAUACACAAUCGUUACUCAACCAUUGACCAUGCCCAUGCCAAGACCUGCCAGUGGCUGCUUAACAUGAGGGAGUAUGUUGACUGGGAUAACGCUAAAAUCGGGAACGACAGCAACUUUCUUUGGAUUAAAGGGAAGCCUGGCACAGGUAAAUCCACUCUCAUGAAAUUUGCACUCUCUGUGGCCAAGCAAUCGAGAAAGGACGCCUUGAUAAUCCACUUCUUCUUCAACGCCAGAGGAGCGGAGCUAGAAAGAUCAACCCUCGGCCUCUACCGUUCCAUACUCUUCCAGCUUUUCCAGGAGGCCCCCGACCUUCGCUCUGUGCUGAAAGAGACCCAUGGUCGUGACCCGGGCGAAGCUCUCGAGUGGCAUAUUGCCACCCUUAAGCAACUCUUUUCUGCCGCUGUGAAGAAGUUGGGUGGCCGCCCUCUCGUGUGUUAUAUCGAUGCGCUUGAUGAAUGUGAUGAAGACGAAGUGCGAGACAUGGUUUCGUAUUUCUUAGAUGUUGUCGACGAAACCGCUUCCUUCGGUGUCCAUUUACGAACCUGUCUCUCGAGUCGACAUUACCCACACAUUACCAUCAACCGGGGCCUUACAUUUGACCUCGAAAGCCAGGAGGACCACGACGACGAUAUUGCGAAUUACAUUGCUUCCAAACUAUACAUUGGCGAUGGCGAUUACGCGUCCGAAGUCAGGCAGCAGAUCCAGGAUAAGGCCUCUGGCAUUUUUCUGUGGGUUGUUCUUGUCGUGAAGAUACUCAACAAGGAAUACGACAGAGGCAACAUGACGGCCCUGAGGAAGCGUCUGAGGGAAAUCCCGAGCGGCCUUUAUGGUCUGUUCGAGGACAUCCUGACGAGGGACUGUGAUAACCUGGAGCAACUUUGGAUGUGCAUCCAAUGGGUUGCGUUUUCAAAUCGGCCUCUCACAAGGGAGGAGCUCUACUUUGCCAUCGUCGCAGGCACGGACGAGUCGAGCCUUGAACCCUGGGAUCGCAAGGAGAUCUCCGUCCCAGAUAUGGGACGGUACAUCCUAAGCUGCUCCAAGGGCCUAACGGAAGUAAUACAGAAGACGCAUACGAUUCAAUUCAUCCAUGAGUCGGUCCGAGAUUUUCUGCUAAAGGAGAAUGGCCUUGGCAAACUCUGGCCACAAUUCGAAGAAAAUUUCCCAGGAAAUAGCCAAAAUAAACUUAAGCAAUGCUGCGAAGCUCAGUUGCGCGCGGUUCCCGGAAUUGACGGUGAAACGUCGCAGCCGGUGCUUCGUGAUGGCUCAUCUCGACUCGCGAAGGCAUACCCUUUUUUGAAGUAUGCGGUCCACAACGUAUUCCACCAUGCAGACCGCGCACAGGAACUUGGAGUAUCUCAGACCAAUUUUCUUACCUCGUUUGACCGCCGUAGAUGGAUCAUUUUAAGUAAUACCUUGGAGCAGUACCCCGUGCGCCAUCACACCCUCACGGCCAAUCUCCUCUAUCUCUUGGCGGAGGAAGAUGCUCCCCAUCUUCUCAAAAUUCACCCGGAUUUUGCGUCCCAUUACGAUAUAUCAUCGGACGAGAGGUAUCAGUUUCCUCUGUAUGCUGCUCUUGCCUGUGGUCGCUCCCGGGUCGCUAGGGUUCUUCUGUCUCAAAUGAUACCUGAGCACUGCGAAUGCGGUAUCACCACGCCAUCGCUUGAUACAUAUACGGCGCAAUAUAAACGGGCCGACUUUCAGCCCGAAUCUAAUGAUACGAAGGAUGAAUACGCUCUCCGAUGCAUCGGGUUUCACACCGACCUCGUAUUUCUCCAUGCCCUCGUGCAUCAUGGAAACUCUUGCGACAGGUUCCGGCCCAUGAUACUACGAAACGUGUGGAAAAACUUUACAGCGGCGCGGGAUCCCCGAGUCUUUCUGAUCCUUCUCCUCCAUCGAUGCCCCAUCGAAGAUCGACGGGCCCUAAAUAACUAUAUUCUUGACUAUGCCACGCAGAGAGACGUAGUGGACCUCUUCAAAAUGAUACUCUUGCCAUCUGCAGAUACCGCACUCAGAGCCUCAAACACUUACGCGUUCUCGGAAUGUGACAUUCUCAGGAGGUAUCUAACACUGUCCGCGGGCUGGGAUUGGGAAGUACCACUCACAGCGGCCGCUGCAGCCGGCAAUAUCACCAUAGCCGAGAUGCUACUUCAGUCCGGCGGCGUGGAUCCCAACGGAGACCCCGAGAAGGCCUACGGAAGGAGACCUUUAUGCGAGGCAGUCAAGCAAGGACAAGUCUGCAUGGUAGAGAUGCUGCUCACUUGCCGUGGGAUAGAUCCGGACGCGACCGAUUCCGAGGGAUGCACAGCCUUACAACGAGCCAUUUUACUUGGGCGCGAAACUCCCGACGUCCUCAAAAUGGUGAAACUUCUGCUUGACAGCGGCUGCACACCUGACAAGACGUCCACCCUGAAUCAACCUACGCCUCUAUAUAGAGCCGUCUCCUGGAGGAUGUUGAACAUUGUGAGGCUUCUUUUGGAUUCUGGGAGGGCUGACCCUCUGUGCCCAUCACGGAUAGGCGGUGUCGGCGAAACACCAUGGAAUCUCGCCCUCAAGAUUAACAGGGCCGACGUCGUCGCGGCGUUUCUCGACUCUAGCCUGCUUGGCGCCGGUGGUGCUCUUGGAAAACAGUGGAAAUCGCCUUUACACGUGGUGCUCCUGUAUCACUCACCAUCCUCUAAUAACCUUGAGACAAUUAAACUGCUCGUUAAUUCCAACAAAGUCGAUCCUAACCAGGUGUUUGAUGGGAAGACACCACUCCAGUAUGCUAUCUCUUUUGGUCAGUGGUCCGCCGUUCGCCCGCUCCUAGAGUCAGGCCGUGUCGACCCUUUCUUGGAAGUCGGGUCAGGUAAGGCCCCGCUAUGUGGCCUUGCGGAAGAAGGAAAGCUGGAUCUCGUCCAACUGGUUCUGGAGACUUACCCAAACCACCCUCGGUUGAAGCAUUGUGCGUUAAAGGCGGCGCAGUUGGCCAGGGAAAUGUCUCGGAAGAUUAGGCUUGAGGGGCAUGCUGGUACUGCUAGCGUCUGCGAUACCAUUCGCAGGAUUCUCGAAAGUCACGUAGCUUCUAUGGGAGGUUAG